AGAUUCUGACUUUUUAGCAAAGAAAUGGUGAUGGAGAAGCCCAGUCCCCUGCUGGUAGGGCGGGAGUUUGUGAGACAAUAUUACACACUUCUCAAUAAGGCACCAGACUUUCUGCACAGAUUCUAUGGACGAAACUCAUCCUAUGUCCAUGGUGGACUGGAUUCGAAUGGAAAGCUUUCAGAGGCAGUCUAUGGGCAAGCUGAGAUACAUAAGAAGGUAAUGUCCCUGCAAUUCAGUGAGUGCCACACAAAAAUCCGGCAUGUGGAUGCCCAUGCCACUCUGAGUGAUGGUGUGGUUGUCCAGGUGAUGGGAGAACUUUCCAAUAAUGGGCAGCCCAUGAGGAAGUUCCUACAGACAUUUGUACUGGCUCCAGAGGGUUCUGUGGCCAAUAAGUUUUAUGUUCACAACGACAUCUUCCGAUAUGAAGAUGAGGUCUUUGGUGACUCUGAGGCGGAGCUUGAUGAAGAGUCCGAAGAAGAAACUGAUGAGCCAGAAGACAGGCAACCAUCACCCGAACCCCUCCAGGACAGCCCCAGUAAUGCAAACUGCUAUGAACCCCAUCCUGUGAGCUAUAACAAUGGCGUGGAAGAAGCUCAUGAGGAAGCAGUUAUGGAACUAGAGCCUGAGGUUGCCCCAGAACCCAAGAUCGAGGAGCUGAAGCUCAAGGCAGAGGAGAAGGUCGUAGAGGAGUUUGAGGAGAAGGCACCGUCUCCUGUUCCUAUGGAAUUGCCACCUAACAUACAAGAACCACCCAAAACUUCAUCUUGGGCUUCUGUGACCAGCAAAAAUUUGCCUCUUGCUGGGACUAUUCCAUCCUCUGGAGCUCAACCACAUGUUGUUAAAGCACCAAACUCCCAGCCCAGAGUUGAGACCAAGCCGGAGGUGUCAUCAGCUUCAAUCCGUCCACGUGACCAGCGUAUCCGCGACAGACCUUCAGUAACCUCCAGAGGGCCUAGAUCUGAUGGUGUCUCUUCUUCUGACUCUCAAACUGGAAAGCCACAUUUCAGCUUUGUGAAUAAAGGAAGGGGAGAUGAGUCAAGUGAAAUGGACAGCAGAAGGGUUGUCAGGUAUCCAGACAGUCAUCAGCUGUUUGUUGGAAAUCUCCCUCAUGACAUUGAUGAGAGUGAACUCAAAGACUUCUUCAUGACAUUUGGAAAUGUUGUUGAGCUGCGAAUCAACACCAAAGGCACUGGAGGAAAGAUCCCCAACUUUGGCUUUGUUGUCUUUGAUGAUUCUGAGCCGGUGCAAAGAAUUUUAGGAGUUAAACCGAUCAUGUUCCGUGGUGAGGUACGUCUGAACGUGGAGGAGAAAAAGACGAGGGCAAUGCGUGAGCGGGAAACUCGUAGUGGAGGUGGAGAAGACCGACGGGACGCAAGGCGUAGUGACCGUGGUCCAGGCGGGCCGCGUGGCAUUCCCGGAAGCAGCAUGAUGCGAGACCGUGACGGCAGAGGCCCACCUUCACGUGUUUCCACCGUACCUAAACCAGGCAUGGCCUCUGGGAGGGGCGCAGGUUCUAGUGAGGGUCGUUUUACUGCUCAGAGGCGUUGAGAGGAGCUCCCCUUGUAGUUUGGAAGUAGUAAAAUGUUCAUGUAUGAUGAUAUUGAGAAGUCUAUGUAAAAACAUACAUCUGUUUUUUUUUUGUGCGUGUGUAUUUUACUGAGUUUUACUCCUUGUGUACACUUGCAUUUUUGCCUUUGGAAUGUCAGCUGUUUCUUGUGAAACAGUUCAACAACUUGAACAAUGUAAUGACUCAAAACACACUGUUCACUUUCAAUUGGAAUUGUGCUGCAAGUCCUCUGGUUUGUCAUUUAUCAAGUGGUAACAAUUACAAACUUAGUAGGGAAACAAAUCAGUUAGGUAUAUUUAGUGCUGAUAGAAGUCUAAUUUCUGCUCUGUGAUGUUUCUUUGACAUUUCGUAUUAGAUUACCUUCCAGUUGCUGUUGGUGUAAAAUGUGCACUGAAAGGUGGGCUUUAAAAAUAAAAUACAUAUUUAGGUAAUUCCUCUAAUCAGCUCAUUAAUAAGCUAAAGACUACCUGUAGUCAUAACUGAGCUAACAAUAUUUCAUUUAAUGGUAAUGACUUGUAUGGGAAGGAAAGGUAAAGUACAAGACAUUGAGAGUGGAGACAAGAUAUGUCCUCUCCAGUUCUGUUUCUGUACUAUUUUUGUUUUUAUUUUUAAUGUACAGAUUUGACAACAUUUUUCUUUCUGGGUCUGCCUGAAUAAGUGAAUGGAGCAUUAAUGGAAGCAUUUGUAAAGUGGAAAGGUACCAUGAUUUUUGUGUAAAGGCAUUUUGGAUUGAUGCCGAAUGUUUUUUUUUCUAAGGCAGAGUCAUUUUAUUACAUUUUUCUUUUUUAGUUUUUAUAAUCCUAAUCUCAUUUUGUGAUGUGAGUUUCAUUUUACAUCCAAACAGUUGUUCUUGUUCUUUUUAAAUUAAAGCAUAACAGUAUUUAUACAGGGUACAGAGAAACUUUGCUGGUGCAUUUUUGACUUUCCCAAAUGGACUAGUUUUGCAUUCUACAUUUUUUAAAAAUUAAAUGUUUUUUUUUUUUUUAAUAGCACUGAUUAGAAAAAGUGUUCGUCAAUUUUCCCCCAGACACACAAGGCUUCAUUAAGCCUCCCCCCAAGAACUGUUGGUCUUUUUAGAAUUUUUGCCUUAUUGGGGGAAGCAGAAUUUUCUGCUGUUUAUUUAUUUUUUCAUUAUUAUUAUUUUUCGUGUAUAUCUGUUUAAUUGAUAUCCACACCCUUUUUCCAUUUUCAUGAUGAGUGUUCUUUACGAAUGGAAGGAAGCAUAAGUACAGUGGGGUAGACACUGUUUUCAUUGUGCAGUGUUACUCAGUCUACAAUUUGCACUGAUUUUGUAAGUACAGUUUGAUGUAGCGCUAUUUUUUAUGUUUCAUGUCUUCCAUGUCAGGUAGAUUGCACUAAUUGCAGUAUUUCUAGGACAAUCUUCAUCAGGGACAUUGCAUUUCUUUUUUUAUUUGUUCAUUUUUUGAGACGGCUUGUUCUCUGUAAAAAGACAUUUUGGUUGCAGAUACAUUUACUUUUGGAAGAUUUUGGAAGAAAAUAUGCCUACAGUCCUGCCUAGAGACUUCUUUCCCCAUCAACUCUACCUAGUUCUUACAUGUUCUGAGUUUGGGACCUGGAACAUUUUAAUUACUGUGUAAAUAAAUGCCACAAUGGCCUUUCUUUUUAGAUGUAAAGUACUUCAGUCAGCCAAAUACUUUGAACGUUUGGAUUACAUGAGAGAAA